AUGAACGUCAACUCCUCUGAAGUUAGCGAUGGUGCUGCAGGGAAUGGUCCUGAAGAUGGUGUCUCGAUAUCCCUCCAGGAGAAACUGCAACCGGCCAUCUCAUUGCUCUUCCCACGGACCGAUAAGGACAAGACAUUGAGCGACAGGAAGCAUUUGCUACGUUACUUUGAGGAGAAUGAUGUUCAAGACUUGAGUGAUUUGGCCAAAUUUGAUCUUCUGUUCUUGAUGGAAAACUUGGCGACGCAUCGACUGAACCAUCCGUCUGUCUGGUCGCCACUGGCUCAAAUUUGCGAGUACAUUGCCACCUUUGGAACCGACCGCUUUCUCGAGUUGAUUAAUGUCAACACUCGUACCGAACAGCAUGUUUCCAAAAAGCAACGAUUGCUGCAAGGCAAACCAAACGUUUCGGUCGUCCGAGCCGACAUGGAAGCACAACUCAAAGAGUUCCACAGGCGUUGCAAACAGAUACAGAAACCAUGUCACGCUCGCAUCCUGCAAAUGACACCCGCUCAGCUGCAAGAAUUGUCCAUGGUACAAGCACGCAAUUGCCUGCGAACUUUGUUUCGUGACGCCAAUCCCUGGGUUAUGAUGAUGUACCAACCACCAGAAGACGAGCCAAAUUUCCCACACCAAAUUGUUCUGACACUUCUCCAACGCUUUCCUCUCUUGGCAUCAAUCUCGUACCACGUUGAGGAUGAUGGUUAUUUGCAUGCGGGCAUGUAUCCAUUCCAUUUCUUUGCCUGGUGUGGUUGCUAUGACAAGGCAGUUGUGGAACAGAUUUUGCAGUACUAUCCUCGAGUUUUGUACAAAAACAAGGAGGGAAUCAUUGAUUUCUUAGAAGCGACCUAUUCGCUCCAACAUGGUCGCAUUCCACUCCGAUGCUUCCAAAGUCUACUCUCCGUUCAUCCCCAACCCGCGCACGGCAGAAAUGACUAUGACGAAAACAUGUUGCUAUUGGAACGAUUGAUCAACUUGGAGUAUGGGGCGGAUGUCCUCGACUAUGUCUACACGUUUUUGUCGGAGGAUGUCGAUCGGUUAACCUUGACCAAUGCCUUGCAGUUAAAUUGGAGUCUCGGCAUACAUCAGGCACAAGUCGCCAACAAGGUGAUUCCACGCGUAAGGCAACUCGAAUUGGAUCCCUACGAAUGGACCCCGGAAGGAGCCGCCACCAUUCAACAACACUUGGCUACCCAAGACCACGCCAAGUUGGAAUCGUUGACGAUGUCCGUCUUUUUAAGUGAUGAAGAAAACGACAAUGACACUACCUUUGCCACACUCUUGCACAAAAAGACCAACACGCCCGCUACCAAACACUUGAAUCUGAAAGGCCGCCUCCAUUUCAGACGACCUAACCCCAAUGAGCAUGUUAGAGACUUCAUCAUUCAAGAUCGUGGAUUGCGACAGAUUGCCAGCGUGAUAUCGUCGACUGCGUCGGAUUGGAAAUUGGACACGUUGACGCUAGAACGGUGUAGUGUGACAUUGGAGUUUGUCCACACGCUAUUUGCAGAUUCGCAAGAUCAUAUUGGGAGCUUGGAUGUCCAGCUCGAUGGCCAGAAAUUCGCCUGUCCGUGGGAACCUAUUGACGAAACGGCAACGCAAGAACUCCGUUUGGGACGACUCAACC